GUCGGCCCAGCCCGUCGUCUACCCUCCGAAUCGAGAAGGAGUUUUGAGUCUUCCUGUACCAAUUCGGGUAGUCUAGAUCGUACCUGAGUCUCUUCAAGACAUUUUAAAUUAAAGUUGGCUGCUUCAAGUAUCGUGACCAUUGCAAGAUGGGACUUGCCGUAGCCAUUACAAUAGGCUCGUAUUGCGUAUCGGAGGCUCAUUCAUCAGGAUUCCUUUUUCAGGAACUGCGGAGAAGCUUCAUCCAGAUACCGAGAACAACGAACCCCUCUUCUUGCUUUUGUUUCAUCCGGACGAUCGAUGGGAUCCGUAACAUCUUCGGAUACUCGGGAUCGUUAUCAUCAUGGCUGACGUUUUUGACAGGAAAGCUUUGUUUUGUCUCGUCAUUGCUAUCGAUAGCGAUUAUGGGGCGGCGGGGAACUCGUCCUCAGAUGAUGCUCGUAAAGUUUGAAGUUCGUGAUGGUUCAAACGGCUACUGUAGAUCAUAACUACGCUCAUAUGAGAUUCAUAUGGAAAACGAUCAUAAGGUCUUUUGGGCCUUUGUAGCACAGGGCGAACACGGUCAGGGGCGGGAGAAGCUUUCGGGCAAUGAAUGGACCGGAUAGGAGGGGAAUAA